AUGAUGUUCAUCCGAAAAAUCCACAUGUCGUCGAACUUGUUCCUUUUCCUCCUGAUCAGUAUCAUCUUCCCGAAUUUGAUAUUGGGUGUGGAGGAAAUUCAUGAAACCCACCGUGGGGGCAUAAUUGCCACGAAAACAAGCGAAAGUGCUAUCAUACCUGUUCAAACCUGUCCAGUCUCCUUAAUCCUUCUUCCGAAAGGCAAAUCAAGAUCCAUUCCACAAAUCCAACACCACUUCAAUCGUGAAGCCCAAUCCGAUCGACUUGAGAGAAUCAAAAGGCAGCGAGCCGUGAGAAACACGUUCCAACAUAGCUGGAAUGGGUAUAAAACCUACGCCUGGCUGCGAGAUGAAUUAACACCAACCAGUGGCGGCUACAAAAGCUCCCUUGGGGGAUGGGCAGUUACUUUGAUUGACUCCCUGGAUACACUACUCAUAAUGGAUUUGGAUAAAGAGUUUGAAGCCGCACUUGAGGCAGUUCAUUAUAUCGAUUUUUCUACUCCCAAACUAGCAACUGUCCAUAUUUUUGAGACGACAAUCCGGCAUCUGGGGGGCUUGAUUAGUGCAUAUGACCUGACCGAGGACAACCUACAUCACGCACAAAAUCAGACUAGGCUACCCGGUCUGUGGCCGCUCUCAUUUGAUGCCCAUUCAUUACGCUUCUCAGACGACUACUUCACAGUAGGUGGUAUGGCUGACUCUACUUACGAGUACCUCGUCAAAGAGUAUCUACUCCUUGGAGCGCAAUCAGACCAAUAUCGCGAAAUGUAUAUCUCUGCGAUAGAAGGGAUCAAGAAACACCUACUCUUCCAUGGCAUGACGAAAGGGAAAGAGGAUAUAUUGUUCGCUGGAAAUAUCCAAUUUGAUUCAGAGGGUCAAGAAGUUUUUGAGUAUCAAACUGAGCAUCUGAAGUGCUUCCUCGGGGGUAUGGUAGCGCUUGGCUCCCGGGCAUUUGGUCGCUCAGAUGACUUGCCCAUUGCACAUAAAUUGGUGAAUGGUUGUAUCUGGGCAUAUGAUCUUAUGCCGACCGGAAUUAUGCCGGAGACCUUAUACAUCAGUGGCUGCAGGAAUUCCGACCGUUGUGAAUGGAAGGAAGAAAAGUGGUUUCGUGAUAUUUUUGGAUGGCCAGAUGGAGCACAACUGCCUACGAAUUUACGUGAGGCAACACGACUUAUUAUUCAACAUCAUAAGCUACAGCCGCCAAUACUGGAAGUCGCCAAUCCAAAAUACCGUCUGAGGCCUGAGGCAAUUGAGUCUAUCUUUAUUAUGUACAGAAUUACGGGUGACAAGUCACUACAAGAUACUGCGUGGAAGAUAUUUCAAAGCAUUGAGCAGUACACUAAAGUCGAAUAUGGCCAUGCUGCGCUCAAUGAUACCCGUGACAUACGGACGGCAAGAUUGGAUGCUAUGGAAAGUUUCUGGCUUGCAGAGACACUAAAAUACUUUUAUCUCAUUUUCUCGGAUCCAAAGCUCAUCAGUUUGGAUGAUUAUGUCCUCGUUGGUCAGCCAGUCUCCGGCAUCGACGACGACAGCUCGAUUUUCGGCGAUGGCGUGAGCCGUUACCGCCAGUCCAUCUAG